AUGGAUGAUCAUGUGGAAAAUGUGCCAGAUUUUGAAGAACCGAGGCUCGAAUUGGAAGGUUUUGUGGUUGACUAUCUUUCAUGGCGAAUGAAACAGGACAAAAUGGAGUGGUUUGAGCAGCCAGAGCUGCCGUUUGGCACACAACCUGAGCAUGAGAUGAUGAGGAAAGUUGCCUACAUAUUUGAACGUCGUCAUCGCACUGAAUUGCAUGGUUUCGCAGACGAAUUAUUGGAAAAUGAGAAUUUGACGUUCAAUCGCUAUUGUGAGGUUGGACUAAUAUCGUUCGGUGGGUUGGUAGCUACUCGACUGUAUGCCCGUAACUUUCGGCGUGAGGUCCAACAAAUAGCCACAUACACUUCAAAAUUUAUUGACAAACGAAUACGACUAACAUGGGUUGAAGAUGAGAGGAGUUGGGUUGGUUUAGCAGGAAGAUUGCGUACAUGUAUUCCUGUGUCUAGACAUAUACAUUUGUUUAAUAUCGCUGGCAUAGUUGUUUUGGACCUUUCUUCCGAGAAUCCAGCUAGUAAUGGAAUUGCAUGCCAUUGCUCAGCACUGUGGCAAAACGGAAAUCCCCGUCCCAUUCUAGUACGGACGAUAGGAGGACUAUAG